CGAUACUUCAAUGACUAAUGGCUACGUUAGGACAUAUGCCUCGAAACUGUCUUCCAAGUAAGUGUCCCCACCGCUCUAUUUUAUGAAAUCUGAUUGAUAUUUGAAGGAGAGCUCUUCGAGCCAUAGUAAUCUUCAUAAUCUGCAUGUUCCUACUUGUUCUUCACCUCCGCGCCGGAUCCCCGAAGAAGAGAUAUCAGCUCAUACACGAUGGUCUCGCAUGGGCUGACAUAGCUCCAUCAAAACGAUGUCUCCGCUAUGGCACCCGCGAGUAUUCUGCUCAGCUGAUGGGCGUACCUAGGGGCGAACAUGGCUUGCGUUGGUGCAAGGAGAAGGAGAUUACCAUUCAUGGCAUCGAUUUUGAAAAGCCAGGGUAUUGCACUGUCGACAGGGAUAAUUCGGUGCCCAUGAAACGCCGAUUUUAUGGUCACUGGAUAGUCGAGUCCAACGAGCAGAGCUGUAAGACGCUGUGGGAGAAUUUUCAGGAUAAGGUGCGAUCUGCUUUCGAUUCACUGAUAAUCGGCGAUUUGACAGGUUCUGCAGGGAUGUGUUGCGAAAGGUUCGAUGUGCCGUGUAUGUCCAUCUGUGUUGAUGCAUCAACUAGGAUAAUGUCGCUGUAGCGUAUCGAAGGACCUUGUCCAAGUUUCAGGCUCUCGUCAUCAGUUCGUUACUUCUCAGUACGUAUUACGGC